GGACAGUUUCGGAAUAGUAAAAAAAUCUUUCUCACCACUAAUAAAAAUGUUGGAACCCUAAUUUUUAUCACUCUCUACUUCGUUCUUCUAUACCUCAGUUUCUCUCUGCCUGCGGCUGAGCAUUCCGAACGAUACAUUCGAUUUCGUUUCUGCUGAGUUGUGAAGAUGUUUACUUCAAGGAAGAAAAUCAGCAAGGAUAAGGGUGCUGAGCCAACUGAAUUUGAAGAGUCGGUUGGACAGGCUUUGUUUGAUCUAGAAAAUACCAACCAUGAGCUGAAAAGUGAGCUCAAAGAUUUAUACAUAAAUUCAGCAGUCCAAAUCGAUGUUCCUGGCAACCGUAAGGCUGUGCUUAUCCAAGUCCCCUACAGAUUAAGGAAGGGUUUCCGCAAAAUCCAUGUCAGGCUUGUUCGGGAGCUUGAGAAGAAAUUUAGCGGCAAGGAGGUAAUCAUUAUUGCCACCAGGAGGAUUGUUCGUCCUCCAAAGAAAGGUUCAGCUGCUCAGCGCCCCCGCAGCCGUACACUUACUGCUGUGCACGAGGCAAUACUUGAGGAUGUUGUAUUGCCUGCUGAGAUUGUUGGCAAGCGCACUCGUUACAGAAUUGAUGGAACAAAGAUCAUGAAGGUGUUUUUGGACCCAAAGGAGCGUAACUCAACUGAGUACAAGUUGGAUACAUUUACUGCAGUUUACAGGAAACUUUCAGGCAAAGAUGUCGUGUUCGAGUAUCCAAUUACUGAGGCUUAGGUUCUGUUUUUCAGUUGGUUUCUUUUUUCUUCUCAUGAAUUGCACAUUGGUGAAUGCUGUUUGUUAAAGUUUUGUUGACGUUGCCUUCUAUUCUAGAUUUUGUUGUGACUUUCAGAAAAAAAAAAACUUCGGCGUAAUUUAUUAAUGUAGCUUUUGAUAUAUUAUUUAUAUAGUAUCAGAAUGAUUUGCUUA